AUGAACAGGGAGGAGUGCCCCCGCCGCUCACAGACCUCGAUGAAGGCCUGGGCGAGGGAUCGCGCAAGUUUUGAUAUGACAGGCCAUGACGAUGCUGAAGCUGACACCGCGCAGGAGGAGAAGGACCUCGCAGACGUUGGCAGACUCAAGGGCGAUGCUCGUGACAUUAUCGUGACACUCAUGAACAGCCAAGAGAUUGCCGUGCACUGCCCAAAGGGCCACCAGACCAACGCCGUCGACCUCAAGCGCCUGACUCUGGAGCACCUUGGUGUUGAGGACACAUACCACUCCCUCUUCUCCAUCUGGGUCAUGUCCCCAUCGCUUCGCCUUCCUGCCAAGGACGAGCACUAUCCCAUCAAGAUGCUCAAGUUGUGGCCGGAUCUCCUGGCAGCGUACACAGAAUCGGCUGAUCCAGAAGAGUUCCCUGCCAUUUACCUCCGAAAAGCGCCCCUCACACACCCAGGCGUUGAGGUGACGGUGAGCGACGAGAAUGCUAUCCUGCUUCUCUUUAUCGAGCUCACAGAUGAAGUGGUCAACUCUGAGUGCGCUGUUGAUGAGGAUGACGCUGUUGCGAUGGCGGCAACGCACCUGUUCCUCAACUUUGGAGAAGAGGCAACGAGGAAGGAUGUCAGUGAAUCACAAGGAUCACAACAGCCGCAGCAUUUCGCUGGCAAGUUGCGGUGGAAGAGUUGGGAGCGGCGCGUGUUUGAAUCGUUGGAGGAGCAGCUGCCGGUGUUCCAGCAGCAGUCGCCCGCAGAGAUCAUGAGCGACUAUCUCGAGCGUGGGCGGCAGUAUGCGACAUAUGGCGGUGUGAAAUUCCUUGGGAACGUGGAGCCGGCGGAGAAAGGAACGCUGCUGCAAGAACAACGAACAAAGGAGGUGCUACUGUCGAUCAACUUUGACGGGUUGCACGUGACCGACACAAAGACGAACCAAGUCAUCCUCAGCGUACCAUUCAACGCAUUUCGCGCAAAGGCCUUCCUCACCUACGACGACAACGUCUGCGUCUCUGUCGUGUACAAUGUGGAGGGCAACGAUGUGAGCGAGGAGAAGUCGACAGCAGAGGAGAAAACAGAUGGGUCAGGCGACACCACAACGGGCGCAGGCACGCGCGACGACGACAAUGACAAUGACGAUGAUGAUGACGAUGGUGAUGGGUUGGAGGAGACCAACAUCGAUAAUGGCGGUGACGCUGACUUGCCCAAGUUGCACACGGACUACAACCAAAGCCGUGAUGGUGACGGUGAUGGUGAUGGCGAUGAUGGUGACGGCAGCGACUCGAAGAAUCCGGACGAGCAAGAGAUGAUCAUCUGGUCCAACCUGGCAAGCUCUAUCCUUGAAGCCGUGGAUGCGUAUCGUGCAAUCAACGCUGCGCACUCGCGUUUAGCACAGGGGCGCGCAAAUGUCAAAGGCGUCCUGGUCACGGACACUGCAACCAAAGGCACAGGCGUACGGCGGGACCCGCGGUUCAAGCGCACGAUGCGCAAUGCGUACAACACGUUGAAUCGUCGCAUGGCCACGCUCACCCUCCGCCGCCUCCGAAGGCGCGCAUCCAUCAACCACGACGCCACAGACCAGUCGUAGCAGACAUCACGUGUCGUCCUCGCGUGGUUGUGUGUUUGUGUGUGUUUGUGUGCGUGUGUGCUUGUGUGUGUGUGUGUUUGUGUGUUGUUUUGCGUGUGAGUGUGCAUCUGCUGUCAUUCUAUGAACGAUCGCAUGUGCGUCUACUGUCGACGAUUGUGUGCAUGUGUGUCAUCGUGUGCGAAUGGCAUUGUGGCCCUUGCCGCCACCUCCAGACACUCCCUUGGUUCUGCUGUCUCUGCUGUUGCUGAUGUCUUCGUCGUCGUUGUUGUCAUGUCUUCAUACCCCACCAUCCGUCAGCCUGCGAUAGCCUGCGAUAGCGCUCUGUCUCUUUCUGUGUUACGUGAAUGCGAUAAUGGACAAGCCUGCGCGUAGCCUUUUCCCAUGUGAUGUUGUCAAUUGCCUGCACUUGCCCGUCUUCCUUCCGCCGCCCAAAUGAACAGAUGAAACUUUAACAUCUCCA